AUGCACACGCAAAAUGGUUUACAGAAUGAGGUUGCGGGAGACGCAGCACCACCAGAAUAUGAUUUUGUCGAUACCGAAGAGGUGGAUAAUGGAGAAAGUGAUUAUACAGAGUCACAAAUAACAAGUCUUCCACCAGCUCCCGCUAUCGGUUCACAAAGUCUCCGAUUUCCGGCCAUUCUAUUGUUAGGUCCAACAGGAGUAGGAAAAAGUACAUUUGGAAACUGGUUAUUGGGGUUUGACGGUGAUAUCGGACCGUUUGUCACAGGACCCACUUCGGACUCCAUUACAAAGAUCUGCCACACGAAGUUAAUCCAGAUCAAUGAUCGUACCUUCAAUGUCAUUGAUACUCCUGGUUUAUUUGAUACGAACGAGGACGUAAAAAAUGAAGAAUCGUUAAACAAGAUCGCUGACACAAUUAACCUCUGUUCAUACGGGAUUCAAGCAAUAAUAUUUGUUGUUGAAAAAAACUGUAACAGCUAUUCAUCAAAAACAAUGACAAUUAUCAAAAGUUUCCUUGGUGAUCAAGCGUUGGACCACAUGAUAGUCGCUUUUACCCAUUGUAAUACAAAUCAAACGAUGGAUGACCAACAACUACAAAGAGCUCUGAACUCAAGGAUGAAAUCAUUCCUCACCUCAGUAAACAAUCGCUAUAUAGUCUCACCAAAUCCCGAUCUAUUUCGUCAAGGUGAUGAUAUAGUAAAUAAUAACAUCGAAAAGGCAAAAUAUAUGAUCGACAGUUUCCCGGCUGCUUACACCACAGAAAUGUUCAAUAAAGUCAGAGAGGCUCGAGAAGCUAUAGAGCAACAGCAAGAGGCUAGUCGCAAUAUGCUGGAAGAACAGCUGUUAACAAGGGAACAGAUUAAUGAAUAUGAGCAAGAGAUCUCUAGAUUAAGAUCCGAAGUGGACCGAGUAGGAAGGAAUGUCGCUUACAAGGAAGCAGCCGGCAAGUGUUUUAAAUUGGAUACCAAAGUCAUACUCGAAACUGGAGAAACAAUUCCGAUUUCUUCGGUAGUUGUGGGCGAUAAAGUUUGCGUGGAUGCUAAUAACGAAAGGUUGGAAUUUUCGGAAGUGUACCUGAUAGCGCAUUAUGAUCCUGAGACGGAAACCGAGUUCUUGAAGAUUGAAUUCACUUCACCGAGGACUGGAUUAACCGAAUCAGUGACACUUUCACCAGAUCACCACAUAUUGAACAAUAACAUCUUUGAUUUCGCGAGAAACGUGCAGCCUUAUUCAUCUCAACUUCGAGUGCUCGAUGGGUCACAAAUGGUAUAUGUCCGUGUUGCUAACGUAACAAAGGAAACUCAUAAAGGCUAUAUUGCAAUAUUUACACGUGCCGGCACUCUGGUGGCCGAUAAUGUGAUGUGUUCAUGUUACGCGUCAGUCGUGCCAUAUCAAUAUACUAUAAAUACAGUUUUGACUCCAUUAAUGAUAUCCACCAAGUUAAAGAAGUCAAACUAUGAUGGUAAGGAUGCGCACCCGUAUUUGGGAUUUCUGUAUAAUAGAUAUCAAGACGUGAAUCGAAUUAUUGGAAAGGUCACUGGAAAAUAA